UAUCGUGUCUUAAAUUAUGAGGAAGAAGUCAAUGAAUGCCAAACAGAUCGUAUUGAAGAUUGUAUUAUAAGAUUCGCACCGGAUGAAAGGUUCAAUAAUGACGAAUACAAUGAAAUUGAAGAAGAGAAUGAAAGAAAAACUAUUCUUGUAGCGAGGGAAUUAUGUAAUCUCUUUAAGAAUCGAUGCAGAACUUUUCAUGAUCUUCAUCUAGAGAAUAAGGCCAUUCAAAGUAAUGAAUUUUUAUUCUUGCCAUCAUCCACAGAUCCCUGUAAUUAUUUGACAAAUCUACGGCAGCUUGUCUGUUUAGGUGACAAUAAAUCUGAACUUUUACUUGCCAUAUCAGAAGUCUGUAAAAAUUUGCGUAAAGUUUCCAUAGGAUUUCCGUUAGCGCUUCAAUGGAAAUCUCAUUAUGAAUCUGAUGCAAUGAGCUUGGGUACUCUUAUUGAAAAACAAACGCGUUUAGAAAGUGUGUGUUUGUACGGAUACAAACGUUUAAUCUCUUACUUAAUAGGGUCUCUUUUGUCUCAGUCAAUGUCUUUAAAUAUUUUGGAAUUAAUGUAUACAGAUUUUAGAGAAGCACAAGAUUACCAGAGCCUAGCAUUAUUACCUUCUUGUAAAAACUUAAAAUCUUUAAAAAUUCACAAUUGUUUUAUUCCUCCUGAUGAAAGAAUAAUGCCAUUAACUUCUUUACAACAAUUGGAGGAAUUUGAUUUUUGUAAUGAAUGGAAUCCAUUAUAUCCGUUAAUACAACAAAAAUUUUGGGACGAAUUAUUUCUAAAUAAUGCGAAUACCUUGAGAAAAUUGUCAUUGUGGUGGGUUAGAUCUGACUCAAAGGAUGGUGCGAAAAUUAUUGAAUCAAUUACAAAACGAUGUUCGAAGAACAUUUCAAUUCUUCACUUACCUAUAUUAUUUACACAUGAAAUAUUAACGUUAUUUGAUCAUUGUAGACAACUUAAAGAAUUUUCUUUCAGUGGGGAUGACUUGGAUGCAAAUGAAUUUUUAUCACAGUUGGGUGCAUUUACACCUACUACUUUACGUUCUUUAACCAUUAAAGAUGGUCAUAGUGGUGGUUGGAACUUUACUGAAAAAUCGCUAUAUUCUUUUCUUUCUAGUUGUCAGGCUAAAUUACAAAUUAUGGACUUAACUUCUUGUUCGUGUAUGACUGAUAGACACUCAGAGUCUCAAAUGAUAAUUGCAUUUUUUUUAAAGUGAGUUUCAUAAUAUGAAUCUGAAAUUAUAUUUAACUUUCUAUUGGAUGGAUAACCUACACCAUCCUAUCCACUUUGUUCACUCUUACAAACGGUAUUGACAUUAUCAAAUGAUACUGCUAUAAUUAUAUUCUAAAUAGUUUUGCAGAAUUACUUGAACCCGAGUUACAAUUAGUAUCAAAGUUCACA